AUGGUCAAUGCAUUUAUACGCUUCGGACUGAUACCGGGAUUCGUCCUUCGAUUGGGCCUGAUAUGCUACUCGGUUUAUCAUGAUAGUCGCUCGUCUUUAAAAUAUACUGAUAUUGAUUAUCAGGUCUUCUCGGAUGCCGCCCGAGCGCUGCUUUCAGGAGGAUCGCCAUACGAUCGAGCAACCUACCGCUACACGCCUCUUCUGGCACUCAUCCUGACUCCCAACGAGUUCAUCCAUCCAUGCUGGGGGAAAGCUCUAUUCGGGAUCGCCGACCUGCUCAUCGGGACCAUGCUCUACCGACUCUGUCCCAGCCGCAAUACCGCAUCGUCUCACGGAAGACUCGUCUGUUUAAUCUGGCUGUUGAACCCUUUUGUCAUGAACAUUUCGACCCGGGGGUCUAGUGAGUCGUUGCUCGGAGUCGUCAUCAUCGGGUUCCUGUACUCGGCCGAAAGGAAGAAAUGGGACGCGGCCGCUAUCCUGCUCGGAGUGGCCGUACAUCUGAAGAUUUACCCGUUCAUCUACGCUACCGCUGUGUGGGCUCGACUCGGUGAACACGCCCAUUCGAGAUUCGGCUGGCUUUCAAUCAACCGCUCGCAAUUCCGCUUCGGGGCGAUCAGCUUGACUGCGUUUUCGCUACUAAACUUGCUGAUGUAUAUCAUCUGGGGGCACGAGUUCCUUGACUCCAGCUACCUCUAUCAUCUACGCCGACUGGACCAUCGCCAUAACUUCUCGCCCUACUUCUAUCCGAUCUAUUUGCGGUUCACCUCUGCCCUGUCGGAGCGCUCCACUCUGGUCAAGGUCCUUCAACAUCCGCUGGUCAGCUUCAUCCCCCAGAUGAGCCUCAGUCUGGCCCUCGGCUUCCACUAUGGCGACCAAAAUUUACCAUUUGCUUGCUUCAUCCAAACCUACGUCUUUGUCAUUUUCAACAAAGUCGUCACUUCCCAGUAUUUCAUGUGGUACCUGUGGUUCAUCCCACUCUUAGUGACGAAAAUUAAACUAACAGCAUCCGAAUCGAUUGCGGUGGCAGUAAUCUGGGUUUCAACUCAAGCAAUCUGGCUAUCUCAAGCCUACCGAUUGGAGUUCUUGGGCGAGCCCCAAUUCAGAGCCGUCUGGCUGAGCAGUAUCGGUUUCUUGAUUGGACACAGUUGGAUCGUUGGCAUGUUGAUCAUCGGCUUCUCAAGGUCUUCUUCGAUCACCUCAAGUAGCCUUAGCGCCAAGCUCAAGAAAGCGUGA